AUGGCCGGGCAAUUAUUGCUGUCAGCGUUGCUAUUGCCAUGUGUACUGGCUGCUUCUUUGCCAGUUAAACUCCAUUUGAAACGAGCUGUUGAUUCUGGUCUUGCCAAUAUUCAUUUGUCUUACGACAGACCCAUCACAACAGAGGUCGUCUUCACAUAUGGUCCUUGCAAGGCUAAGACUCCGGGAAAAGCCCACCAUCUCGUCGGCCGCUCCCGUUCCUGUGAUCAUGACAGGUUAUUGUGGAAAGUCCCCGAAUACACUCCUACAGGACACUGCCUUUCAGCAUGGGACGCGAGGCAGAACCUGGUCGGGCGAAGCACUCCAGUCUCCAUUGCCCCCAAUGCAAAGACCACCCGCAGACGCCUCAGAAAGCGACAGGCCGACUUCUCCAUUGCUAUGGACAACUCCACCGGCAUUGAUGCUGAAGGCCCGUGGUUCGACGGAGUGGUUGCUCUCAAGAACAAGGAAAUCAGUGCCGUCAAUGCUCAAGAAGCCAAGUCAAAAGAAAUCGCCAUUGUUGGUGCCGGCAUGGCUGGUCUGAUGACGUGGCUCGCCCUUAACCAAUCUGGUAUGACAAAUGUAUCUCUCAUCGAAGCAGCUCAACGGCUUGGCGGAAGAGUUCAUACUGCGUACUUUGGCGACCCUAGCGAGCGACAGUAUCAAGAAAUGGGGCCAAUGCGUUUCCCGCUCUCCUACACAUCAUCUGAAACAAAUCAGACGAUACAGAUUAACGAUCACCGGAUUGUCUUUGAUCUGGCGGCCGAAGUCAACAGGCUGAACAAAAACAAUACCAAUUUCACAGUCAACUUUAUCAAAUGGUACCAAAGCUCGCCAAAUGGGCUGUUCUACGUCAACGGCGCCCGGAAGCCUAAUGGCCAGGUUCCGACUUUGUCGGAAGUUCGAGCGAAUGCAUCAUUGCUGGGGCCGACAUCUACCCAGCCGGUUGACCCCAAAUUGGAUGCCCUCAACGAGGACAUUGAUGCCCUCAGCAGUGGUAGUUUCAUCUCCCAGAUGGCUCGGAAUAUAUACAUGGCGCACAAGACAUUCCUGGAUCAAGGACUGGGCGGAUUGGGUGGUGACGACUUUUCCGAAUUCGCCUACGCCCACAAUGUGCUUGGAUAUGGGUUGAAUGAGACCUUCGUGGAGCUCGGAGGCAGUGGGAGUGAGAGUUUCUGGGAUAAUCUGUAUGAGUCGAUGUACUUCUCUGCAACGGACUGGAGGACAAUUGAUGGCGGCUUAACCCGACUUCCCAGCGCCUUCCACCCUCUCGUGGACGAUAUCACGCAUAUGAACCGGAAGAUCCAACGAGUCCAAUACAACGAGACAACCAAGAAAGUGACGUUGCAGUGGAAGGCAAAGCCACUCGACAGGACCUUCCAGAAUGCAAGCUACGACCUGGCGGUUGUCACUGUUCCUAUGCCCCUGGUCAGAACCUGGCGUCUACCGGCAUUGUCGGAUCUUCUACAGACCGCCAUCGACAGCUAUCCCUACUCGCAGGUCUGUAAGGUGGCGUUACAGUUCAAGACCCGCUUUUGGGAGCAUUUCGACAAGCCCAUCUAUGGCUCUUGCAGCACGACUACCGAUAUCCCAGGCAUAGGGAGUAUCUGCUACCCCAGCUACGACAUCAACUCGACCGGGCCAGGGGUGAUGCUUGCAAGCUACACAUCCUCGGAUGACGGGUUGCGCUGGGCGUCGAUUCCGGAAAAUGUCCACGUCCAAUAUGUCGUGGACGCCAUGGCCGAGAUCCACGGUCCUGUAGUGUAUGAGCAAUAUACAGGUGCCUAUAAUCGUCGCUGCUGGAUCCUAGAUCAAUACGAGACCAUCAGCUGGGCGAGCCCGGACGUCGGUAUGAGGAAGGCUUUCAUCCCGGCGUUCUUCAAGACGGAGCAGGGCAUCAUCAUGAGCGGUGAAGGUACGAGUUACACCAGUUCUUGGAUUGCGAGUGCGCUGGAGAGUGGCGUCAGAGCGAGCGUCCAGCUGCUGCUUGAGUUGGGAUUGGUGGAUGAGGCAAAAGCUGUUGUCGAGAGAUGGAUGGCUAGAUGGAUUGAUGUGUAG